AUGAUGGCGGGGCUGGUACUAGCCGAGGGCCUGGAGCGUGCAGGCGAGGUGACGGUGGAACGUGGGGCAUCGAGGGACGUGGCAGCUGCGGCUGGAGGGGCAGGGGAAAACGACGUAGCGGGGACUGAGCUGGUGGCUGCUGCGGCACCCAGGAUGGCGGCUGCAAUGGUGCCUGAGGUUGCUGCUGCUGCUGCUGCGUCUGCAGCGGCGACGGCGGUGGGCCUGGUGCCUGCUGGCGUUUCUGCCGCUGCCUUUGGCGGCGGCUCAACUUCACCCUCUGCCAUCCCACGGGUUGCACAGCCAGGGGCUGAGGAGCCAAUUCCGGGCGCGGAUAAGGAACAGACCGCGGAGGCGGUGUUGUCCGCGUCGCCGGCACCUGUAACUGCGGCUGUGCUGGCGGCGGCGAUGUCUGCUGCGACUGGGGAGCAGGGCGGAGCCCCGUCGGCGGAAGACGUGAUGACUGCCGCUGCGUGCGUCGAAACGCCUGUUGAUGCCGUGGCCGCAAAUAGGCAGGAGCGCGCCCAGGCGGAGGGUGAGAUUCCAGGACGCGCACACGGCGAGUCUUCCGGCGCUGCACAGGGGAAGUCGAAGAAGAAGUUGCGUGCCCAACCAGCGCCGAGACGGCCCGGAGCAGGGCUGGGACCUGGCUCCCCGGGACCCCUCCUGGGCUGGCUUCUGCAAGGGCAACCGCCAUCAGAGCGAGCGCAUCGGUCGCCAUCUGCGCACACGCAAGAGGCAAGGGGGGUUUCCGGACUCAAUGAGGCAGCAACUCAGACGACAGCAACCGGCCAAGCAGAGCAGCCGGCCUCUAACCAGGACAACGGAGCGCGCGUGCACUCACCGCCAAGCCCUGUUGCCCCAGCUACAGAAGGCGUUGCAACUCGUUGCUCGGCUCGGCUGGGCACUGUCACGUGGGGUCCUCCAAGGGGAGGCCGUACGCCGUGGAUGCCGGCGGAGAGAGCGGGACUGGAGGCCACGGCUCGAUCGGCGCCGGUGGCAGGCCGGGGUUUGCGCGGUAUGGGCCGCGGAAGGCGAGGGGGAGCGCGCAGGGGUGUCGCUCGUCUGGGAGGAGCUGAGAUCCAAGCCCGAACGGGCCCGUGGCGGGAACGUCACGACCGUCCAGAGGUUUCGGAGGCUGCAGCCAAUGGGGACGAAGCCGGCUCUGCUGAGGAGAACGGGGAUCCAGAUUUUAUGUGUGGAGAGGAACCAGGCCCAGAGUCGGAAGAGGUUUCGCUGGAAAACGAGGAGGAAGUGGGAAGAGGGCGGAAUCGAGCGAGAGGCACAGGGGAGGGAGCGGACGGAGAAACAUCCCAUGCCGUGGGAGGGUCGGUCCCAGCCGCAGCGGUCGCCAACGAGGUGAAAUCGCCUGCCACCCUGGCAGAGGACGACGCCAUCUGGCAGAUAGCAGGCACGUGGACCAUGGACCUUCUCCAACGAAUGGACCAAUCAUUCCUAGUCAGACGGCUACCACCCCAGGUGUUAGACAAAUACUGCCUAUGCCUCCUCGCACCACUCCUACGGCUGUCAUCAAACCCAGAAUGCCCAGGUGCAUGGGCGAUCCUGCUAUACCUCCCGAGGCUGACGCUACGUCCACCACCAGAGCCAGUCACUGGCAGCCGAUGGGCAUCAAUUGAGGCUCGGCUGCAUCAGUUCCAGUUAGGAGAUUGGGAGGGGUUGUUCGAAGCUGCUUGCACCAUCCCCGACACAGAACGCUUUCAACAGCGUAGAACGCACGUCAUUUCUCGCCGCCCUCCAGUGGUCCAGCCUCAACCCGCUGCUCCCGCUCGUUAG